AUGCUGCGGCUUAGUGUGGCGCGCUGGAAGCGGCGUGCUGCGGGUAUUGUGGGGCUACCAAAUGUAGGAAAGUCCACCCUCUUUAACGCCCUCACAUGCAGCCAAAUUGCUAAAACAGGUAACUUUCCCUUUUGCACUAUUCAUGCGAACACAUCGAGGGUGCCGGUGAUCGAUGAGCGACUGCGCCAGCUGGCACGCUUUACUGGGGCAGAGAAAAUUAUGGAUGUCGAGGUUGACUUGACGGAUGUGGCGGGGCUGAUCGCCGGGGCAUCGAAAGGGGCCGGACUCGGCAACAAGUUCCUUGCCGAUAUCCGAACCUGCGCCGUGUUACUGCACAUGGUACGCUGCUUCGAAAGCUCCAAGGAUGGCUUCGACACCCCGAACCCUCUGGAGGACAUUCACGUCAUUCUGAGUGAACUUGUCUUAUCAGACCUCGAGGUGGUGGAAAGGCGGAUGCACAAGGUGCAUAAGACGGCGAAGACGCGGGACACUGAGUACAGCUUUCUGAAGCGUCUUCAGCAGUGGCUGGGGGAGGGCAAGACAGCAGCGGACAUGCAUGCAGAGGCGAAGCUCACCGUGGUGGAGGAGGACUUCCUGCAGAGCUACGACUUGCUCUCCAACAAGCCUAUGAUGUUUGUGCUGAACGUGAACGAGCGAGGUGUGAGGGACGGCAACGCUUUCUCGCGUGAGGUGGAGGCCGCCUUUGGAGUGGAGCGGACCUGCCGCGUAUCGGCCUCUAUCGAGGAGCAGACUGCACAGCUUGCCUCCCGUGAGGAGCAGCAACUGUUCCUGGAGGAGUACGGCAUAGACGUGCCGCGUGGCCAGGUGCUGAUGAGGCAGGUAUAUGCCCUUCUCAAGCUGCAGUCCUUUUUCACAGUGGGGCCUAAGAUGGCGCAUGGCUGGACAGUGGUGCAGGGCUCAACGGCACGGCAGGCAGCCGGCGAGAUCCACUCCGACUUCGAGAAGAACUUCGUGCGUGCCAAGGUCUCGGCGUGGGACAUGUUUGUCAGCAUGCCAAACCUCGAAUCUGCGGAGAUGCAGAUGCGCAUGGUGAACGACAGGUACGUGAUGCAGGAUGGAGAGGUGUUCAUUGUGGAGCACAACACGCAGCGUGGGUAG